AUGGCCGGCGCGGACCCGAAGCCGGUGCACUGGAAGACGCGGGACAGUGAGGAAUACGAGGCAGAGGGCCAGCUGCGCUUCUGGAACCCAGAUGACCUGACGGCCUCGCAGAGCACUGCGAUACCGGUGCCCGACUGGGUGGAGGAGAAGCUGCAGGAGGUCUGCGAGCACCUCGGCGUCGCCAGGGACGGCCACUUGCACAGGAAAAAACUUGUCUCCAUUUGCGAGCAGUAUGGCCUCCAAAACGUGGAUGGGGAGGUGCUUGAAGAGGUGUUCCAUAACCUGGAGCAAGAUGGCACGAUGAGCAUAGAAGACUUCUUCUAUGGUUUAUUUAAAAAUGGGAAGUCACUUACUCCCUCAGCGUCUACUCCAUACAGACAGCUGAAGAGACACCUCUCCAUGCAGUCCUUCGAUGAGAGCGGGAGGCGUACGACCACACCGUCAGCAGCUUUGGAUUUCAGCUUGGAUGGGAAGGUGAACUUGACAGAACUGACGUUGGCUCUGGAAAAUGAGCUUUUGAUAACCAAGAAUGGGAUCUAUCAAGCAGCGCUGGCGAGCUUCAAAACGGAGAUAAGACAUUUGCUGGAGCGAGUUGACCAAGUGGCCAGAGAGAAAGAGAAGCUGCGAUCAGACUUGGAAAAAGCAGAAAAACUGAAAUCUCUGAUGGCGUCCGAGGUUGAUGACCACCAUGCUGCGAUAGAGCGCCGGAACGAAUACAACCUCAGGAAGCUGGAUGAGGAAUACAAAGAACGAAUCGUGACUUUAAAGAAUGAGCUCCGGAAAGAGCGAGAGCAAAUUCUGCAGCAGGCUAACAAACAGCGUCUGGAACUGGAGCAGGAGAUUGAAAAGCUGAAAACUGAGGAGAACUACGUCCGUGACCGCCUCACCCUUUCUCUAAAGGAAAACAGCCGUUUGGAAAGCGAGCUACUGGAAACUGGAGAAAAACUGGCUGAGUAUGAAAGUCUGGCAAGCAAACUGCAGAGGAACUUGGAAAAUGUCCUGGCUGAGAAGUUUGGUGACCUCGAUCCCAGCAGCGCGGAGUUCUUUCUGCAGGAGGAGCGACUGGCGCAAAUGAAAAGCGAGUACGAGCUGCAGUGCCGGGAGUUGCAAGAUCAAAUAGAUGAGCUGCAGUCUGAGCUGGAAGAGUACCGUGCUCAAGGCAAAGUGUUCAGGCCUUCUCUGAAAAAGUCACUCUCGGAAGAGUUUGACGUGGAUAUUAAAAGUCAUGGUAAUAGUGGCAUUGAGCCUGACCAAGGACUUGGAUCAGAAGACUGCAAUCCACUGAAUAUGAGCAUAGAAGCAGAAAUGGUUAUUGAACAAAUGAAGGAGCAACAUCACAGGGAUGUACAUCACCUCAAGCAAGAGCUUGAAGACGCAGUGAGUCAUUAUGAAAAGCAGCUAGACGAGACAAAAAUCUACUGUGAAAAGGAACAAGAAGAUAUGAGGAAGAAGUAUGCUGAAGAGAUACUUGUCAUGGAAAAGCAAAUAAUUGGCCUUAAAAACCAAAUUGCAGAACUGCAGGGAGAAACAGCAGUACUCCGAGAACAGCAAGAGAGGCUUGGCUGUAAACAUAACGAUGAGAAAAACAAAUUGCAAAUAAGCUUCAAUGAGGAAAAAGCAAAUUUGCAAGAAUUACUCAGGCAGGAACAUGAAGAAGAUGUUCGAGUUAAACUGGAGGAGGUGAACGAGAAGUUUAGUCGAGAACGGGAAGAACUGAUUCAAAAUGGUGUCUGGAUGGAAGAAAAGAUGAGAGUUUUAGUGCAGACACUGCAGGAAGAAAAGGGAGAGCUAGAACGUGACUUUCGUGAGCAGCUGAAAAGGGUGACGGAAACGCAUGCCUUGGAGAAAGAGGAGCUACAGCAAGAACUGCUGAGGAAGCACAAACAGGAACUGGAGGAGGAAAGAUGUGAAGCCGAGAAGCUCAGGGAAGAAAAUGCUAUUCUGAAAAAUGAAGUAACUUUAUUAAACGAGGAAGGUAGCGCUUCCAACCUGAAACUGAGGGAGCUAAAUGGAUCUCAAGAAGAAAUGCGGCAAAAAAUAGAGGCGGUAAGAAAGGAGAAAGUGGCUGUACAGAAGAUGGUUGACAACCUGAAAAAGCAGGUAGUGGAUCUGAAAACUAGGAACCAGCAGCUGGACUCUGAAAAUAUAGAACUUAGCCAGAGGAAUUCCAAAAACCAAGCAGAUGUUCAGGAUCUUAAUCAACAGCUGGCAAGAGUACUCAAGCAAAAGGAAAGAGAAGCAGGAAAGUGUACCUUGGAAGAAUGGGAAAAAGAGAGAUUGCUACUGAAAGAGGAACUGGAAAACUCUAAAAUAAAGUCAUCAAAUAUGGUGUCUUCCCUGGAGAUGGAGCUGUCAAAAAUGAAAGUUCAAGCUCAUGUAUUGGAGCAGGAAAACCACAUCCUCAAGCAGGAGCUGGAGAAAACAAAACAGCUGCCCAGAUGUUCUGAUCUCUCUGACCUUCAAAAUGAAGUUUCUAGCUUAAUUACCAGAAAUGAAAAGCUGCUGAAAGAAAAAGAAGCCCUGAGUGAAGAAUUAAACAGGUGUAUUGAUAAGGUAGCUAAAGUAAGCUUCUUAGAGAAUGCAAUUGCCAGCUUGAAGCAGGAACAGAAGUCCUGGGAACAACAGAGUCAGGCAUUGAAAACACAGCUCACAGUUUCACAAGAAAAGGCUCAGAGUCUAGAUGAAAUACUGCAAAAUACCAACCUCCAAAUGUCCCGACUAAAAGCAGACUUACGGGUGACACAACAGGAGAAAGAAACUCUUAAACAAGAAGUGAUGUCCUUAAACAAGCAACUGCAGAAUGCCAAUGAAAAGAACCGGGUUCUAGAACUGGCUGUGCCUUCCUCAGGGCUGCAGGACCAACAGAAGAAAUUGCACUGGGAUGAACUGGAUGAGCUGACGAAACAAGAGCAGCAGCUGCUAAGACAAGAGAAUGAGAGAUUACAGAGAGAAGUCCAGAACACUAAAACAGAUCUCACUCAUUCCAGGGAGAAGAUCCGACAGCUGGAAUCCGCUGUCCUUUCUCUAAAGCACCAAAAGCAUCAAAGCCAGUCAGGUAUUGUCAAAGCCAUAGAGCAAGAGAAAUUAAGCUUGAAGAGAGAGUGUGAACAGCUUCAGAAGGAGUUGUCCUCUGCGAACAGGAAGAUCAGUCAAAUGAAUUCUCUUGAACGUGAACUGGAAACCAGCUCAGAAAAUGAAGGGCUAAGAAAAAAGCAAGUCAAACUGGAUGAUCAAUUAAUGGAGAUGCUACACUCGAGCGCCAGUGUGAUGCUUAGCCAAUCCCCGCACUCCCGGGAGCUCCAGCAGCAAGGCUGUGCUAUGGUACCCAAGGAACAGUUCCUGCAGCUUCAACACCAGCUACUACAAGCAGAGAGGAGGAAUCAACGUCUUCAGGAGGAACUUGAAAAUAGACCCUCUGAAACAAAUAUGCCACAGGGGAGUCAUGAGCAGCUUCUAAAAAUGAUGGAAGAACGUAUGAUGGAUGUAGAACAGAAACUAAGGCUUGUGAAGAGGCUUCUCCAAGAUAAAGUAAAUCAGCUGAAAGAACAACUUUCGAAGAAUACUAAAGCAGAUGCAAUGGUCAAGGAUCUCUAUGUUGAGAAUGCACAACUGCUGAAGGCUUUGGAGAUGACAGAACAGCGGCAGAAAACUGCUGAAAAGAAAAACUAUUUAUUAGAAGAAAAGAUUGCUAACCUCAAUAAAAUAGUAAAGAACCUGGCAUCCCCCUCUUUUAAUUCAGCAUCUGAGUUAAGGUCAUAGCAAAGCUGUAAGUAUGCCACAGUCCCAUGCACUUUACUGAAAUGUUAAUAUUUCAGCUCUUCACUGUUUUGCCUUUUUGAACUGAUGGAUUUUUCGUUAAAAACUCCUCCAAGGAGAUGGCAGAGCUAAAUCCUAAACAGGACACUGCCAAUUUCUGUUUAUUCCCAAACUAUUUUUCUCCUAAAUUUUGACUAAAACUAGUGUUCAAUAUGUAUUAAAAAAAAAAAAAAAAGACGGGUUAACUUAUUCUGAUACUUUUUUAUUUUAAAAUAUACAUUCUGAAUUUACUGUACCAAUCUAGAUUGAAGCCAGGGUCUAAAGCAAACUUAAUGAAUUCAAAACUGAAAAAAUAUUUCUGGCUAUCUAGGCUACUUCAUGGUUCAAACCUAGUAAUAUUGAUAGAUCAGUCUUGAGCACUGUCAGCAUAAUUGUUACUGAAAGCCAGACUUCCUUGAUGCUGUCCAUAUCCUGCAAACUAAUUCUGCUUUCUCUAAAGCAAUAUGCUGCACCUCAUGCAUUAGGCUUCUGGUUCAUCAUGGCUGUUCCUCAGCAGAGCUCAGAAAAAGUGUUUUCUUAAAAAUAUGUACAUAGACUACUGCCUCCAACUAAACAUGACAGCAUUUCAUCUGAAGAAACUUCCCAGCUGGUAAAUGAAAGAUUACUUUUUUUUUUUUCAAGCUGCACUGCCAGACAACUUAAAACUGUAGAGGCCUUAAAUUUUCUGUGUGUGGAAAUAAGUUACACUAAACAAUGGACGAAUCACCAAACAGAAGUGAAGACAUGAGUUGUGUUUAUACAACUUGUAAACUCAUUAAAGCAGUGGAGUAUGUUUAAUAAACAACUCACAGAAGAAUGAAGAGGGAGACCUAAAUGAUUUCUUCAGUGGAAUCCUGUCAUUAGGGCUGCCAGAGCGGGACCUCUGCCGUUCAUGCAGUGUUCUGUUUGACUUGAGUAAUCAUUUGAAUAAGGCCUGUUGUUUCCAAUAGAUGCUAAUACAGAAUCUAAGUUUGUAAUUAAUUGUGAGGAAACACAUUCAAGGUGAAUAUGAAAAACUCAGGGAAUAACAGCCUCAACUAGUUUCCUGCACUAUUACAAACAUGGAUAUUAAUGUCAGUAGAUGAAAAUAAACAUGCGUUAGGAAAAGCAGGAUAAACCAAAUUGUAUUUGGUUGAAUAUUACCUGAUGAUACUCCUAGACAAACACGCACUAAUGGUGUAGUCAUGAUGGUCAAGGAGCAGCAAGGUUCUGUAACGACAAGUAGUAUCUCCUAUCAGACCAAUUUAUGAGGCUAGGGAAUACAAAUUUUCUGGGAACAGCUUCAAGAUUUGAGAUAGGUCUGACAUAAACAGCUGAAUGAGAGCUUGUACGCUUGUAUAACCCAUUGCUGCAGUCUAAAUAUAGAUGCUAUCGUUCCCUAUACGGGCUCCUUGCCCCUGUCAGGGCAGUAAGAGAUUUUUAAACAGUGUAAAUAAAACUGGUGAAAGGAGCCAUAUUGGCCUUACUUGAAACUGGUCCUCUUUAAAUAUAUUCUGCAUAAAUAGUGUAUGCAGAGGAAGAGGGUAAAAUGCUUUGUCUCUGAAACCACUAGUGCAAGGUGACAAUUAUGACAGCAUUUGUAAUGAGCCAGCUGCCCCCUAGAAACUGGGAUAAGACUGCCUAUGAGCUGUUGAGUCACCUGCAGAAAAUUGUUCAUUUGGUACUGAUUAGUGUGUGGCUCUAGGGGAUGCUAUCUAUGUCUAAACAGUUACCUGCUAAUUGGAGGGUUAAGGGACUGAAAUAUACAUAUGGAGUAUGACCUCCUCUUCUCCUUCCCCCUUCCUCUUCCCUUCCUUUAUGCAAGCAAUAUAAGGCCUAUUAAAAAAAGAAUGUAAGAUAUAUCAGGUUUUUUUCUUACACCUGCAUGCAAGAAUGGAGCAUAAAGACACAUGUAAAAAUAAUUAUGAAGAAUCGGUGCAAUUUGUUGUUGUUGAAAGGUCACAGUGAGUAUACAGGAGUAUAUCUUUUCAAAAAAUGAAAGAUUUAUCAAAACAAUAAUGGAAAAAUACCUUGGAGUAACAUAAUCUUUAUACAUUAUUUCAUAACUGUCUUAUUCUAAAUACCUGUACUGACCGUUUUUCUGAGUAAUCUCAAAUUCUGAGAUUUACAUACCCCAUUUUUCAGUCCGCAAAAGCUUUUAAAAAUUCAAAAUUGUAUUGAGAUAAAUUGGAGCUUCUUUUUCAAUUUUGAAGCAGGAACAUUUUGUUUCUCAUAGUAAUCAAUAAACAGUAUCACUUACUAAAAAGAAAAAAAAACACUGUGUAGGUACCCAGCCUGUAUGUUAGCAAUAUUAAAACCAUGCCUAGGCUAAGAAAAUUAGCGAUGCUUAAAAAUAUUUCCAGGCAGCACUGCAGCUGAUGUUCAGAUGAUCAGAAUUAUACUUGGAAAAACAUUAUUAGAUAGUACUGUUUAAAGCUAUUUCACAUCUUGACCUAGGUUUACUUCUAGGGCUCAGUAUGUGACCAAAGUGUGAAAACUGAACAGAGGGAAUGAGUAUGUAUUUAAACUCCUGUGGAAUUAUUUUGAAAUAACUCAUUAUAAAGGCUAGACUACUCACUCACCUAAUUUUUAAUCUCCUGGUACUUAUGGUGUUUUUAACCAAACAUACAGACGUUUCGAAAACACAGUGCCAAAAAGGGAGCCCAGAUACAAUGAUAAUACUGGAACAGUAAGGAGAAACUGAGAAAAGGGAAUUCGACUUCUCCCUUUCUCAACCCAUGCUCUUUUGCCCUACUUUUCUUUCACUUAGCUUUAAAAAAACUAAACUAACCACGGAAGAGAACAGGAGGAGGAGGAUGGAGGAGGAAGAGAAUGUUUGGUAAAUAUUUUAUUUAGACAGACUCCAAUUUCAGUAGAAUAUUUGUGUCAAUUCUCAAAAGUGCCUUCUAUAAUUACAUAUUCUAGACUCUUUCUGUACUGUACUUUCUGUUGCUACAGAACAAUUCAGGACAAUCCUUUCCCAAAUGGAGUGAAUUCAGACAAAGGUAGCGCUGCUUACAAACAAGUGUUGUGUUGUAUGUUGGUUGAGUACGUCAGCUCAGAAGUUAAGCAGCAAGUGUUACAAAGUCUAAGCUAGUGAAAAUAAGCAUAUAAACAUGUAAACUCUUAAGCAUUUGUGAUCUUCCAUGCACGAGUGUCUCCUAUGCAGUGUAGGGAUUUUAAAGAUACUAAAGUAUUUAACAGUAUCAUAACAUGCAGUCAAAAAUUAUUGAAUUCCUAAGCGUUGUUCACGCAACAGAUCUUGACAAUUAAGAUAUUAACUACUGUGUUACCAAAAGGUGUUUUAAAUGUUUUUAACUCUUGCUUUAUGAAUCACUGUGAAAAUAGAGGCACAUAGAUGUUUGUGGUUGAGAUUUCUGGGAGAGGGAAGAGGAAGUAUAUGACUGAGUCAAAUUUUUGUGAAUUAAAUCUACACAGCUGAAGUACUACUUGUCAAUUUAGAAUGGUAUAAAAGCAUACAUUGGAACACAUUCACAAAUAUUCAUUUAAAUUCAAAGAAAACUAAAUUAUUUGAAUUCUGUUUGAAAAAGGGAUUGUAACGUAUUUGAUUUUAGCCAUUUACAGAUUACAUGUGAGCUGCAGAAGGGGAUGGUUUGGCUCUAUCAAAGAACACUAAAAGCCUUUAUUUUGCUUUCAACAAAUGACAUCACUGUUAUAACUGUGCUGUGUUGUCUCCCAGGUUUUACCUGUUACAGUCUCCUGUUCUCACUGUCAUUGCUGACAAAUGACUUGUGUAUAAAGAAAAAACAAUUGUAUAUUUUUUUCCUUAUCAGGUUUGUUUUGUUUCAGUGUAAUAUACUGUCCUUAUAACAUCAUGUAAAGCAAAGGUAAAACAACUUGUACAUUAUUUAUGAAUGUAAAAAGAAUAAAUUUCUGUAUGCUCA